GGCGAUAUCAGAUGGAAACAUGUCCACGUAGGUUCGUGUUCGUAGUUUUCCUUUAGAAUUAUUAGAAGUAGAAUAGAUUUUAAAGAAUAAAUCAACUUUUUCUACAGAUUUCUGGAAUCUUAUAGUAAGGAUGUCUGGUUACCAUACUAUAUGCACAAUCACAAUAUCAUGUUGAGUUAUUUUUGCCUUACUGGAGAAAAAAAUCCUGAAAAGGAUAAAGUUUCCUGUGCUGAUGGCUACAGUACAGUUGGCAGUUGAACAGGUAAACUUUGAAGCAGGGACUCACCCUCAUCAUGAACAGAGUGUAAGGUCUUUUGACAGUGUGGUUGAUCCAUAUACAGAUUUUACAAUGGACAGCUGUCAACACAUAGAUGAAUUGCCUGUUGUUUCACAGAACAUGUACUCCUCACAUCGAUUCAUUACGUCAAAUGAUACUGACGUAAACAGAAAAAAAACAAACCAUAUAAGAAAGAGUCGAAAGUCAUCUUACACCUAUCGACCAGACUUGAAAUUGACACCAGGUAACUCACCCACUCCUCCAGAAGAUCAAGAUAGUGAGGUUGAUGAUAAAGCUAUUCCAAAUGAGGAUCAAAAUAAACAAGCCAACAGUGAAGCUUCCAAAAUGAUAGAUGAUGAUGAAGACAUACUUUAUUGUUAUGGAUAUCAGGCUGCUGUUGUAAAUUAUCCAUAUAUAUCUAACCCAGUUGCUCAGUACCUUAAUGAACACAAUCCAGAGCUUCGUGCCAAAGCCUUGGAGGCAUACCAUAAAGAAAUAAAUUUGUCUCCACCUUCUUUGCAAGAUGAUAAUGAUUCAAAAGAAUUUAAGGAAAUAUUCUUUCCAUCUCCAUUUAAAGCUAUGACAAACACAUCUGAAGCUCUAGCCUUACAACAAUCUGUGAUUGGAAAUGCUAGUGUAAAACCAGUAGCCCCUGAAGUUGUUGCACAGAUUGUAGCUUCCACCAAAGCACGACUUAACCAGUCUGCCUCCAGUUCUUCAGUUUCUGAUGGUUGUACAAUGAUGACAGAGAAGUCUUCCAAAAAAUUUUCAAUAGACUUUGAGAAUGAAAAACAAAUACCUAAUAAAGGAGUGAAUCAGCGGAAAAUACCUGAUGGUGUUAUUUUUAAUGAAUUAAUUCGUUAUCCCCGAGAAGCUAUAACAACAACUUUUGAAAAGAAAGUUGGGUUUUUCAAUUCAAGUUCCUCCUCAGGUGCAGAGAAUCCUUCUUCAUCAUCUGUUUCAAGUACUCCAAAAAAAAGUCUUUGUAAGAGUGCUGAAGCAAUAUUUUCUAGAAGCAGGCAUAGUAGCCAGAGCAGUAUUGGAAGUAUUGAAUCACGUAAAGGGGCCAAAAUUGAGAUGGCUGGUACACAUAUUGGAAGGAAAUAUGUUCCUGAGGAGUUGCUGGAUAGGCUUGAAAAAGAAAGAAUGGGUCAGCCUUCGGAAGUUACAGAUUUCUCAGAAAACCCUUUGAAGGAACCAACCACAAAAAACAAUAUAAUGAAACCUGGGUCUGACAAAGGAGACUCGAAUUCAAUGUGUUCAGAAUCAUUUGAAACAGAAUCAAACUUUUCUAGUGUUACAGGCAUUGAAGAAGAAAUGUUUUAUAUUAAAAAAUUACUUAUCAAUGUUCCAUCUCCUCAUUCAAAGUUCUCUUCAGGAAAUCACCAAGAUGAAAAUUCUUCUUUUGACAGAAUUCAACAGUUAGAACAACAACCAUUAGCAGUUGAAAAACAACCAUCUUCCCAGCUUCAAGACCAGGCAACUGAAACUGAUAACUUGGAGUAUUUUGAAAUUCUUUGUCAGAAUGCUAACUUUCAAGGUCAAGUUCAUACUUUGAGAAGUGAAAUAGAAUCUGUUAUGAAGGACAAAAUGCAACUUAAAGAAUCAGUAGCAACAUUAGAAAGCAGUAUAAAAGCAGAGCUAGAAGAUAAAGAAGUUUUAAACAAAGAAAAGCUAGAACUGAUGGCAGAAUUUGAAAGAAUAAGCAAGGAACAUAGAGGUUGGAGUAAUGUUAUAGCUGAGUAUCAAAAUGUCAUUGACUCUAAGAUUGCUGAGAUAAAAGGUUUAAAAGAAGAUCUCUCUGAAUCUCAGAUAGAAAAAGCAAAACUGAAAGUUAAUUUGGAAGAGACUAAGGUUGAUAUAGAGUCAAAAGAUGGAGCAGUUGAAGGGCUAAAGAAGAAAAUAGCUGAGUUACAUGUUGAAGUGUUGACUUUGUUGCAAAGAAAAGUUCAACUUGAAAAUGAUAUAAAGAGUGUAAAAGGAGAAAUGGAAACCCUAAGGAAAUCAAAAGAGUGGUACCAACAACAACUCAGUUCAGUUCAAGAGAAUCGAAAUAAUAUUCACCAAGAUCUUAUUAAGACUCAGGCUGAGAAAGUUUUUUCCAAUAAAGUCCUGGAAGAGUUGAAGAUUGAAAACAAGCAAUUGAAACAGCAGUUGACAGAAACUCAACAGAAAGCAGUCAAAGAGAAGGAAAUCUUGAUGAAACACCUUGAGACCAUUGAAAUGGAUAUGAUGGAGAGAGAAUCACUUUUUCAACAGAUUCAGAAGGACAGAGGAGCAGCUGAAGAAAGUCUUACAAUAAGAAUGAAGAAGUUAGAAGAAGAGCAGUCUAAUCUUAACAACCUUAAUUUUACCAUUUCUGAACUGGAACAUCAACUUAGUGUAGCCAAAAAGGAUAUUACUUCUAAGGAAGAAAUGAUACAGAAAUGUGAAAAAGAUCAAGCAGAAUUAUUAAAACAACUGGUACUUUACCAAAAAACCAUUAAUGAAAAGGACCUCUCCUCCCAGUGGCUGGAACAGCAGCUAAAAGAUUCAGACCAAAAGUUGAAGCUUGCAGAACUUAAGUUGUCUACCCUUGAAGAACAGAUUAUGACACUGAAAGGAGAGAAAACUGCAGUUGAAAUAGCUCUUGCAGCUGCUAAUGAGGAAAAAAAGGCAGUAAAUGAGACUCUUUGGAAUCUAAAAGACAACUUGAAUUGUGUUGAGGGUACUUUCAAACAGAUGAGGACAGAGUUAGUGGCCAAGGCUGCUCUUGUUGAACAAUUGCAAAAAGAAAAGAAUCACAUUGAAGACUCUCUCCAGAAGGCUGAAGCAAAACUUCUUCAGCAAAAGCAAGAGUUUGAGUUCAAGUCCACUACUGAAAAUAAAAAUACAGAGAUUAUGUUGCAAGAUAUUCAGUGCCAGAAAAACGAAUUAGAAGCUGUGCUGGAAGCAACCAAAAAGGAACUACUACAGAUCCAGAAAUCUUCUUCUAAGCUUACAGAAGAAAGAGAUGGUUUGAAGAAACAUAUUUCAGAAAUUACAAAGUUGUCUCAUUCCAAUGAAGAAACAAUCAGUUUGCUAAAAGAUCAGAAUUACCAAUUGACUACAGUGAUAGAUAAUUUUAAAGGAGGCCAAGAUGAUAUUGACACUUAUUCAUAUAUUACCAAAGCCAAGCAUGGAGUGCCUGAUCCAACCAUGAAUGUUGAAGAAACUUACAAGUUGAAGCUUCAGCAACUCAGUGAAGCCCUUGAAACAACUGAAAAGGAAUUUAAAAAAAGGCAAAGGAUGUAUGAGUCCAACAUCAAGCUAUUAACAAGAAAGCUAAAAGAGUCAAUGAAAGCCAAAAAGAAAGUUGAACAAGAUCUUCAGAGAAUCCAAGUUUAUACUGUUGAGGCUGAACAGCAAACAGAGGAUGAUGUGUAUGAACAGUUUCUAGCAAAUGAAAAUCUUAGAAACAAGGAAAAUGAGCAGCUAAAAUGUAAAGGUGACUCAAUGCAACUUGAGGAGCACAAGAAAAGGAUUGAUUAUUUAGAACAAGAGCUGAAAGUUCUGCAUAAAAAAGCAGAAGAAUGCAGGCUCACUGCAGAGCAAAGGCAAGAGUUUAUUCUUAAACUGGAGAAGGAUAAAGGACGAUUAGCAGAAAGUUUAGCCACAGUCAAACAGCAUGUGACAGGGUUGGAAGCCCAGCUAUUGGAAAAACAGUCUGAACUAACAGAACUUAAUCAUCAGUUGAAGACAGUUGAGCAGUCCUACAAGGAUGAUGCUGUCAAAAACAAAGACAAGUUAUCCACACUGGAACAAGAACUCACCAAAGAAAAGACUGUUACAAAAGAGUUAAGACGACAAAUCUUCCAAGACAAACGAGAAAAUAGCCAGCUUAAAAGAAACAUUACAAGUUUAAAGUCAAACUUAGCACAAGCCAACCAGAUAGCAGAUUCCCGCCGAUUGGAGGUUUUAACAUUACAGUCAGAGUUGAAUGUUAAACAUCAGGCUGAAUUGAAACAUCGAGCAGAAAUGGAGACCCUACAAACAGAUUAUAAAAAAACACAAACUGAAGUUAAACAGUUAAAACAAGAGAUGGAGGAACAUGCAGCUCGAGACCCUGCUGUUGCUGACCAGAUGAAGACACUGAGCUGGCACUUGAAGGAGAAAACUCAGGAAUUAGCAGCUAUAAAAGAACAGCUCUGUGCUGCAGAGACAAGCCACAAGGGGGAGCUGGAAAAUCUUAAUCAGCAGUUACAGCAUGUGCAGAAAGAAACUGAAGAUGUGAAAGUUGAACUUGCCAACACUCGUAAAGAGAAGUUUAGCUAUCAAACCAAGUUAACAGAGCUUAGGAGUGCCUUGAAGUCCACUAUGGAUCGAAACAAAGAACUCCAAAGUCAACUCUUGAUGUGUAAAGUUGGUUCUUCAGAAAAUGGUCAAGCCAAAGAUACUAGCAUUCUAGACAUUCCUCCUCCAGCAUCUCCACCUCCUUAUGAUGAUACCUUUAUUACAACCCUGUUGCAGCAGAGUGCUGUUCUUCCUGAAAGCAGACCUCUAAGUAAUCUUCAGACAUGCCUAAAUGCACUGAAGAAAGAAAUGGCUGUUCUACAAAAGCAGUUGGAAGACCAAGCUGAAACAGCUGCUGGCUCUUGAAGUUAUCAGCUCUAGCAUGAAAAAUGGGGUGAUUCUUAUGUCAACAACUAGCAUAGCUGAUGCCACCCUAUACGUUGAGAUGAAACUCUUUUUAAAUUGUCUUCCUGGACAUCUUCACCUGCUUUAAUAGAAAAAAAAGUGCAAUGAAUUUUGUUUUUAUGUCAGUUAUUUGUUUGUUAAACUGUAAUGUUGUGUUAUAUAUAUCUUGUAAACAUAUGAUUUAUUGAGACAGUUUAGUUUUUAUAUCAUGUACUGCUGUCUUUACUGUUAUUUUAGCAAAUGCUGUCUCAAAAAUCACAUGUAGACUUUGCACAUUGAGCAAGUUUAUUGUUUUAAUUUGAACUGGAAGUGAAAAAUAACAUUUAUGUUGUGUGUUUAGUAGAAAUUUAUAAACAUUUACAUGUACACACCAACUUUUGAAUAUGAGCCUCAGUUUUUGUAUAUUGUAACAACUGGUGUUCUUAACUUCUCAGACUUGUGAAGGAGAAAACUUGUGUAGCCCUUGUGUGAAUAUGUAGAAAUAUGAAAUCAUUGCAUCUAAUAAGUUUGACUAUAAAGUAUGCCACUGGAUGGGCCCAUUUAUAGUUGUUGAGUGUUUUCACAAGCAGUCAAGUUUACUUUUUUUCUUUUUAAUUUUCCCCUUUCUCUGUAGUGAAAAAUACUUGCUCCAGUAUUUAAAGUGGGCAAAUAUUCUGAUAGUCAAUAGAAUCAUUAUACAAAUAACCAAAUUUACUUUUCAGAAAUCUAGUCGUCAUUAUGUGCUUACAUUUUUGCUUUUAUUUUUACUUGUUACAAGACGAACAGUGCAGUAAUGUAGUAACUUUUAUUAGAAGAUAUAUAUAUAUCUUACAAUAACAAUUGGGAGUUAUGACUUUUGAAAUAUAAGAAAUGGUUAUUAAAUCUAUCACCUAACAUAUUCUGUGAGUGUUUGUGAAAAUGUGAACAACUGUUUAUGGUUUUAAAUAAUUUUAAGGUGCUUUUAGAAAUGUACAUUUAGUUUCCACAAAUUAUGUCCUCAGUUUGAAACUGUUAUAGUACCAACUGUGCUGUAUAAUGACAGUUACUCUUUGCUUGGAAAUACUUGCCCAUUGUAGGUCUUGUCACUGCAAGUGGUGAUGCUGGUGCACAUCAUCAGAAUAACUACUAUUCAGGUUGAAUGCACUCUGUGUCGCACAAUAUGUAAUUAGAGGUGUAACGUGGGUGUAUAGUGAGUACUGAAGUGCUAUCUGACAUACAGUCUUCCAACAGGAGGGUUUUGUAAGUACCAUAACAAUCUAUGCAAGUAAAGUUCAUUUGGUGAAAUCAUUUAAGGCAUUAAUAAUGCCAUAUCAUCUGUAGCAUACAUGGCAGGAGGUACUAUACUGCUCUUCAGUUUUUCUGUGUUUGAUGAGGAACACAUUAGUGUGUGUUGUAUAUCAAGUAUGAUAUAAAACUUGCCAAAUGGUCAAAGUUGAUGGACAAUUUGUUGUGUUAAAUUGAGGACAUAGUUUAUGGACAGUAUUCUCUGACUUUAAAGAUUUUUUAUUAGUUAAUAUUAAGAUUGUUACUCUGUAAACUGUAAAUAUUUCAUGAUUAUAUGUACUUAAUUGUUUGUGUUAUUUAAGCAUCAAGUUUUUACUUUUUCUGUAUUAAGAAGUGGCAUUGCAAAGCUUUAUAAAAUUUAUAUUUUAUUUGUUGGAUAAGAAUAUUUGGUUUCAUUUUGUAUGAAUAUGCUAUGUAAUGCAUUAUUAUUAGUCCAGUAACAUUUUUGAAGUCCUUGACAUGGUUGUGGGCAAUAGAACUGAUUGAUCUUCUCUUGGGAGUUAGAUAUGGUUUAGUGUUUUUCAUUAUGAUUUCUUUAUAUAUUUCUGACAGGCCAGUAGUAGUGAUACAUAAAUGUUAGUUUCUGUUUUAUUAUAAUCUUUAAAAUAUGUUGCACGAUAUGUUUUGAUAAAGAAUUGAAUAAGUUGUUCACAGAUUUAGAAUAUUAUAUAUACAUUUUGAAAUUGCUAUUAUAGAUUUAAAAUUUUUAAAAGUGCAACCAUUUAAUAAUAAUGAUCAUAUUUUUUGAUUUUUUGUAGUGACAAUAAUGUAUAGCUAGACAUGUAAUAUGUUUUACAUUUGUUUGAGAGUUGAAAGGCUAACCCCAAGGAAUACCUAUCAGUCAUCAAGAUUGUUAUUCCCAAAAAAACCUCAACACUCGUCAAGUCUUUAAAAAAUGAGUUAUUGUUUUGUAAUUUUAAUUUAUGUUUGAAGCCAGUGGAGUCAAAAAUGGUGAAAAAAUACUUACUGCUUUACAUUGAUUUUCAAUUUAAUUUUUUUACUGCUUUGUUCAUGUUUAUGAAAUUAAAGCCAUAGGUAAAACAUUUAGCAACACAGAAAGUAUUUAACAACUUAUCUCAAUUAGGUUUUUGUAUAAAUAGAAAAACUUAUUGCCUGUUUCAGUGAAUUUUCUCCAUUUAAAAACAUUUCCAAGUAUGGCAGGAAUCAUAUAAGUUACUAAGUUUAAGCAAAACAUGCUUGGCUAGUUAUUGAAAACCCAUAUUGAUGGUCAUUAUUCAGUUAAUUUUGUUUGAGAUGUGGUUGCUUUAGUGAGCAGAAAUGACUAACUGCUUCUUGCAUUAGGAAGGAUGACCAUCAAUGAACUUGCUUCAGAAUCAUCUACAGCUUUCAGUCUGUAGAAUUAAGCAUUUAUUAUUGCUAUUGAUAUAGUAACUUUACAAACAUUUAAUGCAGAAUUUAAUAAUAGGCAUCCAUUUAUUGGCAGUCUAUAAUCAAUAAUGAAGUAUGAAAAAUCAGAAAAAUUUAUCUUAACUUUUACAUAAAUACUCAUUUGUUAAGAUAGGAAAUAUAGAAAUAGUCUUAUUUAAUGUAUCCUUUUCAGAUAUUCAACUAAACUUUACUUUCGACAGAGUUAAAAGGAUCUUAACAUCUUAUAGUGAGAAUACCAUAAAUACCUUUUGCUAAUGAAUAGACAUGAAUUUUUUUGCUAGUAUGCCCAACAAAAGAAUGUAUUAUCUUGAGUUCAAAGUUAUAAAUUAUGAGAGUUAUAUAAAAAAGCAAAAAAUAUAAGAUUUCAACUUAAAAUAGUUGUUGCUUGUUGUAACUAGUCAGUUCAUGACUCGACAUCUUGAUGAUAAAUUGUAACUUUUAGCAUGUUUUACUUUACUUUUAACUAACCUCUGUUAAUUCAAAAAUGACUACAAAAUAGAAAUUGUUUAUAUUUUUAUAAUUUUGUAAUGCAAGCUCUGAAACCAAAUUUUAAAUCCUUUGAAAGGAAUGAUCUCAUGAUUCAAUAUUUGUUAUUAUUUUCAACAUUUUUUCUGAUUAAUUUAUCUGGAACAUUUGAUGUAGAGGCACUUCUAUAUAUUUGACAAUAUCCUCAUAUCAAUAUAAACUUUAAUAGGAACAAAACAUAUUAACUUAUUCAAUGGCCUUAAUAAGACCUACAUGCUUUUCCUUUCUAUUUUUGUGAUUGAUUUCUAGAGAUGGUAAGGCUAAGGAAGACAGUAUGUAAUGUUUUGACAUGUGUGCCUCAUAUAUAUAUAUGUAUGUAUAUAUAUAUAUAUAUAUAUAUAUAUAUAUAUACACACACAUUAAGGAGUGAAAUGUUACAUAUGCAUUUACUAGGAAAUUAUACACCUAAUUUAUUGCAAAAUAUAAGCAUGUUAAAAGUGUAUACAUAUAGUAAAUCACAUUGUAAUCCUUAUUAAAAUAUAUUUCUUAUUAUGCUACUAAUAUUGUUGUGUGAUUUUUUGUUCUAAGCUUUAUUUCAAAUGUUUUGUUUUAGAUAUUUGUUUGCUAGAGGAAGCUGCUACUCAUGAUGAUGCAAUAUCUAGAAUACUCAUGAAUUUUAAGGAUCAAGAAGCUUUGUGAAAUAUCUGGUACAUGGGUACAUUAUAAAUCAAGUAAUGAGUAAUAAGAAGUAAAAAAAUAUACAUUAAAUGAGUGUGAGUUACUUGGACAGUCAUAGUUAUCAUAUCCUUUUUGCCAUUUAGUUACUCUGAAUUAUC